GGACCGGGCGCCCGUCGGCAGGGUACGUGAGGCCACAUGCGUGUCUGCUGGGGUGUGUGAGCAGCGGAGACGAACUUGGAGGUGGGGCGGCCCGGCUGGAAGAUAGUGGUGACUGGACGUCCGCGCCCAGGUUGUGACGCCCAGCACGUGCUGCGGAGCUCUGAACGGCUUCGUGGUCAGCUUCGGUGUGACUGCCUCUCGCGUCCAUCUACUCCGCCGCCAUGACGGUCAACAACGGCACCCUGUACAAGUAUGAGUGCUCCGGGGGCUUGUUGCUGCCCAUGAUCAAUGAGUUCACCUGGGCCAAGGAAGUCCGCGCCACCCUCUACUUCUUCGGCCUGCUCUACUGCUUCAUGGGUAUCUCCAUCAUCGCCGACAUCUUCAUGUGCUCGAUCGAGAAGAUCAUCAGCAAGACACGCCGCAUCUACAUGGCUACGGCCACAGAGUCGGAGCCAGAGGUGGUCGAAGUGCGCAUCUGGUCGGAUACGGUAGCUAACCUGACGCUGAUGGCCCUCGGCUCCUCCGCGCCCGAGAUCCUGCUGUCCUGCAUCGAGAUCGUCUCGAGGGGCUUCGAAGCCGGCGAGCUCGGUCCGGGCACCAUCGUGGGCUCCGCCGCCUUCAACUUGCUCUGCAUCGUCGCCAUCUGCGUUGUGGCGGUGCCCAAGAACGAGGUGCGCACUAUCCGCUACAUGAAGGUGUUCGCCGUCACCACCUUCUUCAGCUUUCUCGCGUACCUGUGGCUGCUCAUCAUCUUGGUGGGCAUCUCGCCGGACGUGGUGGAGAUCUGGGAGGCGGCCGUCACGUUCGCCUUCUUCCCGCUGAUGGUGGUUCUCUCGUGGGCGGCCGAGCGCAACUUCUUCGCCGCCCCGUCCGGAGACAAGCAGAUUGAACUCGGACGCUUCAAACCAGCUCCAUAG